AUGGCGGACAACGCCGAAGUGGGCGACUCGGCCCAGGUCACCUUUAAGGUCAAGACGUCGUCGGACAGCACCCACACCGUCACCAUGGCCGAGUCGGCCACCAUUUUCGAGCUCAAGACCAAGCUGUCCGGCGAGGACCUCGAGAACAUACCCGUCGAGCGCCAGCGCCUCAUCUACUCCGGUCGAGUCAUGAAGAACGACGAUACCCUCGCGUCGUAUAAGAUCAAGCCAAACAACACCAUCCACAUGGUCAAGAGUGCUGCCAGCAAUCCCACCCGGCAGCCCGCCGCCUCCACCUCCACCCCGCCAGCUGUCCCGACCAACAUGGCCUCGGGCACGGCCAACAACCCGCUCGCCGGCCUCACCGGUGCCCGCUACGCCGGCCACCAGGUUAACCUCCCGGGCAUGGAAAUGUUUGGGCCCGACGGUGGCAUGGGCCCUCCCAUGGACGAGGAGCGUCUACAGCACAUGAUGUCCGACCCCAAUCUCCAGCAGGCCAUGCGAGAGGCCCUCAACAAUCCCGACUUUGUCAACAUGCUCAUCGAGUCAAACCCCAUGCUGCGCAACAUGCCUGGCGCCAGAGAACUCAUCACCUCGCCCGGCGUCCAGCAAAUGAUGAGCAACACAAACAUGCUGCGAGACGCCAUGCGGUUACAACGCAUGAUGGGCGGCGGCGAUGCGGCCUUUCCUGCUCCCGGCGCGACAGACACCACCCCCGACGGUAACGCCACGGGCGAGGGCAACGCCAACCGGGAAAACGGCAACACCAAUCAACAAAAUCCAUUCAUGAAUCCCUUUAUGAUGCCUGGCAUGAUGGGCGGCGGUGGUGGCGGAGGAGGCGGCGGCGGCGACGGACGCAUCAACAUGGGUCAGAUGCUUCAAGCCCUGGGCAUGGGCGGCAGCCCCUUCGCGGCAGCCCCGCCUGUGCCGGGCGCGACCCAGGGGCAGGGAUCGCGAGAGGGCCAGACAGUCGCGCCCGGUCAGGAAGCGGCACCGACCGAAGGCGCGGGAGCAUCGCCACAGAACCAGAGUCAACAGCCGGCAAACCCCUUUGCAGCCCUGUUCCCACCCCAAGGGGGCUCGCAGAACAAUCCUUUCGGCAUGAACCCCGAGAUGAUGCAGCAGAUGAUGCAGAUGAUGGGCGGAGGGGCUCCAACGUCGCCGCCGGCAGACAAUCGUCCGCCGGAAGAGCGUUACGCCGAGCAGCUGCGCCAGCUCAACGACAUGGGCUUCUACGACUUUGAGCGGAACGUGGCCGCGCUGAGGCGGAGCGGCGGAAGCGUCCAGGGUGCGAUUGAGCAUUUGCUGAGCGCAACGGACUAA